AUGGAGGUGCUUGAACCGUCAGCCUCAAAUGAAGAGGAGAAGAUUGCCGUUGAAGCCACAGAGCCGCUGGAGAAAGUGGCUGAGGCGGAGCACGAGGUGAAAGAGGGAAGUCCUGUGGCCACUGCAGAAGGAGAAACACAAGAUGCACUAAACCAGAAAAAAAUGAAAAUAGAAGUAAAGGAGCGAAGAGAAAAGAAGCAGAAAGUGGAUGAGGAUGAGAUACAGAAGAUGCAAAUUCUGGUGUCCUCCUUCUCAGAGGAACAGCUAAAUCGCUAUGAGAUGUACAGACGCUCUGCAUUCCCUAAAGCUGCUAUUAAACGGCUGAUUCAGUCAAUUACUGGCUGCUCUGUGUCACAGAAUGUGGUGAUUGCCAUGUCUGGUAUUUCAAAGGUUUUUGUUGGAGAGGUUGUAGAAGAAGCUCUCGAUGUUUGUGAAAAGUGGGGAGAAAAUCCUCCACUACAGCCGCGUCACAUGAGAGAAGCACUCAGAAGAUUAAAGUCCAGGGGGCAGAUUCCAGAUUCCAAGUAUAAAAAAAUCUUGUACAGCUGAUGUUAUUGGACAUAAUGUUGACUCCACACAUCUUUGAAGGAGGGAGCGAUAGCUUGGAAGAUUUGUAGCAAACCUGUCGC